AUGUCGUUCCGAGACGACUUACAAUUGAGUUCCCUGAUGAGCGAGCUCAACGGGUUCAAGAUUAAUGGAUCAACAUCCAAGGACCGUGAAAAGGUACCGCAUAACCUGUUGGGAGCAGAUAAACUGCAUACUCCCUCAAAAAGGUUAUCCUCCUUAAGCGUCUCGUUGGAUCCGCAGUUUAGUUCCAAAAUCCCCACCCGAUCGCCAUCUACCAAAUCGUUGAAACUGAUCGAUCCGCCGCAAACAAACAACUCGAAACUUCCAGUUGCAAAGCGUUUCUAUAGUGACUCAAAACAUACCCAACGGAAACCAUCUCUGAAAUAUGCUUCUGGAAUUCCAACUUCAAGAUCGAUGUACCAAAUCAACACAAAUAUCCCACAAGCCCCAUCGUACCUGAAACCAACUCUUUCGUCAUUGAACCGAUUGAAAGCCCACGAGAAGGAGAACGUUUCCCUUCAAAGACGUCAAAGCAUGAAACUCCCCGAGAAACGUGGCAUGGUGUCUUCCUCUAGUGUCAUGGACUUAAAAAUCUCCAAGUUUACGGACAAAAAACCAAGCAUUCCACCCUCAAGAUCGCAUAGAAACAUCACUGCACCAAUACGAAGGUCACAAGAGGCUCAUUUGGCUAGUCAGAACGAUCUCUAUUUAUUGUUGGAGUCAAGCAAGAAAACAUCACAACAAUUUAGACAAUACCUUUCGUUCUUGUCACAAGGACAAAGAAAUGAUCUUUCGAUCAGUCCAAUGGAAUUAGCAGUUGUUAGACCUGAUUUGUACGAACAAUUGACUGUUUAUGAAAGAGGAGAAAUACAACGCAAACAGGAAAUAUACUUUACAGGCAACCGGAAAGUCAAGGUCAAGGUGGACAGCAAAAAUUAUGGACUCAACUUUGGUUUCGAUGAUAAGGAUAAGAAUUAUGUGCGCAUGAUCGGAGACCACAUCAAUUACCGAUAUGAAAUUUUAUCAAACCUCGGUCAGGGCUCGUUUGGAUCAGUCGUAUGCGCCAGGGACCACAAGACCAACAGUCUAGUAGCCAUCAAGAUUGUUAAGAACGAGAUGGACUGGUCGGUCCAGGCGUUGAGUGAAGUCAAAUGUUUGAAACAACUCACAGGGAAUUCAUCAAACGUCAUCGAAUACGUUGAACAUUUUCACUUUAGGUCACACUUUUGCAUUGUCACAGAGCUGUUGCUUAUCAAUCUCUACGAGCUGAUUGAGUUGAAUCAGUUCAAAGGCAUCAAGCUUCCACUACUCAAACAAUUUGGCAAAGAUAUACUUGUCGGAAUGAAGUUCAUCCACGAUCAGGGCCUGAUCCAUUGCGAUAUGAAACCGGAAAAUCUCAUGUUAGCAUACAAACCGCAACUCGGAUUCCAUGUCAAGAUUAUUGAUUUUGGAUCUUCGUGCAAACGGGGAAACCUAUCGUUUUCUUACCUACAAUCCCGCUUCUAUCGUGCUCCAGAAGUUUGUCUGGGAGCCAGAUACAACCAUAAGAUUGAUAUUUGGUCAUUUGGUGCCAUAAUGGCAGAGAUGUACACCGGGCUACCUAUGUUCCAGGCCAAAGAUGAGAUUGAUCUCAUUUCAUACUUCAUAGCAUUUUUCGGAGCUCCAACCAGGAACCACAUUUUGCAUCUCAGGAAUCAGCUAUUAAACGAAGGCCCAAUCAUCAAUGCAAGUCGGAACAGUUCGCAAUCGAUCAACUUUGGGACUCUACUAUGGAGAGCAUUCAACGAGGAUGGCUCGCUGAAUGUGGGGUACUUGCACUCUCGCAAACCAGGGUGCAAAAUCAAGCCAUCGUCUCGAAGUUUGCGCCAGCAUCUUCUCAAACAUUGUGGCGAACCUGGUCCCGAUUUUGAGAAAUUUGUGGACUCACUCUCUGGCUGCCUUACCUGGAACCACACUCGCCGGAUGGAUUGCGACAGGGUUUUAUCUAUGCCAUUCUAUCAGUAG